GCCGGCCGCUCUGGCCCCGGGGAAACGUGUCCGGCCGAGGCCGGUGGACCCCGGCCCCGGCGGAGGGCACGGAGGGCAGGAGGAGGAGCAAGAAGACGGCAUCGACGGGGUCCACGGACCCGGACGGGACCACUCCCCACUCCCAUGGAGCCCCCAGCCCUGUAGGAUGACAUUCCCGGCCCUGCUGAAUGUCAGCUUCGACGGGAACCGCCCGGAUGAGGGCAGCGGGCGGGACCGGUCGGCGCCGGGGCCGGGGGUCGUCGACGGCGCCUCGGCCGGGGGUCCGGCCAACGGCACGGCGGCCCUCCCGGGGCUCACGGCCCAGGCGGUGGGCGUCGGGCUCUUCCUGGCCGCCUUCAUCCUGUUCGCCGUGGCCGGGAACGUCCUGGUCAUCCUGUCGGUGGCCUGCAACCGCCACCUGCACACGGUCACCAACUACUUCAUCGUCAACCUGGCGGUGGCCGACCUGCUGCUGAGCGCCGCCGUGCUGCCCUUCUCGGCCACCCUGGAGGUGCUGGACUUCUGGGCCUUCGGCCGCGCCUUCUGCACCGUCUGGGCGGCGGUGGACGUCCUCUGCUGCACGGCCUCCAUCCUCAGCCUGUGCGUCAUCUCGGUGGACCGCUACAUCGGGGUCAAGCACUCGCUCAGGUACCCGGCCAUCAUGACGGAGCGCAAGGCCGCGCUCAUCCUCGCCCUGCUCUGGGCCGCCUCCGUGGUCAUCUCGGUCGGGCCCCUGCUGGGCUGGAAGGAGCCCCAGCCGUCCAGCGACACGAUCUGCACCAUCACGGAGGAGGCCGGCUACGCCGUCUUCUCGUCCAUCUGCUCCUUCUACCUGCCCAUGGCCGUCAUCCUGGCCAUGUACUUCCGCGUCUACGUGGUGGCCCGCCGGACCACGCGCAGCCUGGAGGCCGGCGUCAAGAAGGAGCGCGGGAAGUCGGCCGAGGUGGUGGUCCUGAGGAUCCACUGCCGCAGCGCCCUCGACGGCCCCCACGCCGGACCCGGGACCGGACCCGGGACCGGACCCAAGGGGCCCAAGGGGCCCAAGGGACCCACCUUCCGCAGCUCCCUCUCCAUCCGCAUGCUCAAGUUCUCCCGCGAGAAGAAGGCCGCCAAGACGCUGGCCAUCGUGGUGGGCGUCUUCGUCCUCUGCUGGUUCCCCUUCUUCUUCAUCCUGCCCCUCGGAUCCCUGUUCCCGGCCCUGAAGCCGUCGGAGCUGCUCUUCAAGGUCAUCUUCUGGCUCGGCUACUUCAACAGCUGCGUCAACCCCAUCAUCUACCCCUGCUCCAGCAAGGAGUUCAAGCGCGCCUUCAUCCGCCUGCUCCGAUGCCAGUGUGGCCGUCGCCACCGCCGCCGGCCCCUCUGGAGGGUCUACGAUGGCCACGGGGGGAUGCAGGCGGGCGGCUCCCGGCGGGAGUCCGGCUCGGACCCGCGGUCCCAGGGCGGUGACCCCGACCCCGCCACCCCUGCCCUCCUGCCCGCCCCCAGCCUCACUCCAGCCCCCGCCAGGCCAGACCCCGGGGCCGGCGGCGGGAGGAGGAGGCCUCGGCCUUUCCGGGAGUGGAAGAUCUUCAGCUCCUUCCGGAGGCCGUCCAGUCAGCUGAGAGAGAAGGUGACCAGCCUGUCCCGCAAGAUCCGCAGCGGCUCCCAGAAGGGGGCCGCCGCCUUCAAGACCGAGGUGGAGUCCGUGUCCAUCGGGAUCCCCCAGGACCCGGGCGAGGCGGCCGACUUCCGGACCUACAACCCGGCUGACCGCCGCGGCCUCCGGGAGACCGAUAUAUGAACCCGCCCCCGGCCUGACCGGGCCGGCUCGGGUCGGGCCAGUGGAGGGGGCUGGCUGCCGGUGAGAUGUCACUGGUCCCAGCCCGGGGAGAGGUCGGACAGCCGGACCAGGGAGGGGACUCAGUCCUGGAGGGGCCAGGCCAGGGGACCAGGGCACUGGAGAUGCGUGCUCGGCCACCCCUGGAGAUGGGAGUCACCUCAGAGGACCCCCGACAGGGACCGUUCAUGCCGAGGCAGACUAGGGUGGGGCUGGGCAGACACGCUCUCGGCGAGAACGGGCGCCUCCCUUCCGAAGCCCAGGGUGACGACUCUGCCAAUACCCCCCGCCCCGGACCAGGGUCCCCCACCCUGAACUGGGACCCGCACCCCCGACCACCCCAGACCGGGGCCCACGCCCUCCGACCUGGGCCGGGGCCGGAUCUGUUCCCCGAGCCAGCCCACACCACCCUUCCACCUCUGAACGUCCUACCCUCCCUCCCAAGCAUGGAUCUGAAAACCCACCGGGCACCCGCCCUAGUCAACGUUUCUUCCACCCUCCCCACCCCAAACCCGCCGCCUUCCUCUCUCCACCCCUGCUCCCACCCCCAGCCCAGGGGUGAGUCCAGCAUCCCACACGGCGGCCACUCCAGCCUCCACCGACACGGUCGCUCUUCCUCUGGUUACCCUCCAACGUCUGGGUGCCACACCUGUUCCUGCUGGCUGAACAGAACCCCAGCCACCUCCUACUCUUGAUUUUCUAUCUGCCCCUCGGUAUUCUCCACACACCUUCUCCUCUCCAUGAGUGCAGAUGGCCAGGAGCCAGUUGAGCAGACCUGUCAAUCAGUCUAUCUUAUCUAUUUGCUAAGCGAGGGUGAGAAACACUGGAUGAGACAGGUGAUUCCCGGAAUGGGGGUGAUGGUGAGAAGAUCGUGGAAAGCCCAGCCACUCUGAUCCCAGUUAACCCCCAGAGAAGAAGGGUAGAGUGGAGUCUCCGAGGAGCUUAAAAGUCCCAAGGAAUUUUGGGCCAUAAAGUCUUUUCCUCCCAAAUUCUCAUAGUCCAUUAAUACCAGCUUUAAGGAAAAGAAAUGUUUGUCAGAGGGUGGCCGGGCUAGGGCUCUGGGGAGCGACUGAACAUUGCCCCACUAGCUGGGAUGCAUGAUCACCUGGGUUUAACUCACUUUCAGCCUUAGCUGUGUUCCCCCGGGGGUAGACCCGUGGCGAUGUGCAAGCUCGCAGAUCUCCCCGCUCUGAAGAGUUGGGGUCGAAAAUUCAAAAUCAGGGGGCCCUGGCAUUGCCCAGACAGCCUAGAGUCUGCCUCCUCAUCCUUAGUGCCACCCUGGCACUUACUCAUUUCCUUUCAGGGAAGAGGGGGCAGAUGACUCUUAAACCAAGGUCCAGACAUGGAGGAGAAGGAAGAGAAGGAGGAGGAGGAGGAAGAGGAGGAGAAAGAGGAGAAGGAAUAGGAGGAAAAAGAGAAAGAGGAGGAGGAAGAACAAGAGGAGGCAUUAUAUAGGAUUGUCACCAAUCCCAGAAGUUCCCCACCUGGAGGCCCUGUCCUCUAUCCAAAAUGAAUUCUGAAGAAUUUAGCAAUAAAUAAGAUUUCCAAAGAGAUUAGUUAGGGCAGCUGAGUGUUGGGCUAAGGGAUUUCCCCCUCCUCACGCCUUCCUGACUCCUGGGGGCGGAGGGAGUUGGUUUCAGAGAAACUACAGCAUUUUCCCUCCUUGCUGACAUUAAACCCAGUCAGAUCAGAAGGCAGCAGGGAGGGCGGAAAUCAAACUCAAUGCAUCAUCUGCCGAAAAUCAAAAUCCAUUUGACUACAAGCAGCCGCCGCCUAAACCUGAAAAAGACCCCUCGUAUCCCCGCACCGACCUGUGUCCCCGACUUGGAGGUUGCUUCAGAGUUCCUGAGUGCUCUGCUCGUUUGCUGUGUGAUCUUGGGGAAGUCACUGCCCUCUCUGAACUUCCACACCAUCGUUCUAGAGGUGCAGAAGGCCAGGUCGGAUUAGUGCCGGGGGACAACCCCAGUUCGGUGGGGAUGAAAUUUGUCAAAAAUGGUUUACCUGGUCUGAUCCCACUUCAUUGCUCUUCCCCUCUUUCCCCUGCCCCUCCCCAGAAACACAGGUGUGGGCUUCCCAGAAAAGACCCCUCAUAAAAGCCCCAGGACACUCCACACCAAGGGAGAACCCUCGCCACCCCAACACCAGGCCUGGCUCAGAACUGGGCUCUCUGGUCGGCGCACCCAGCCGGGAUUCCCACCCAGAGACGCCUGCUCUCCCACCCGACUGGUUGCCGUGGACUCGUGGUCCACUGUCUCCCUGCGGCCCGUCCACCUGGGGCUGGUCAGAACCAUCCAGGCUUGGCCCGCGGCUCUCCCGCCCCCGGCCCGCCCACCCUGUGUGGUUUAUUGUUUACACUCUGUACAUACGUGUAAAUUUCCUUUACCAACGAUCUGGGGUUUUAAUGUAGAGAUUUUUAUUUUUCAUUUUCUAGCUGUAUUUAUUGGUCAAAGUAUUUCUAUCGUGUGACGCUCUUUAUGUUCGUUGCUGGUCCUGUCGCCCUCUUCCCCCUGCACCCCUUUCCAAAGUGCAUUUGUUCCUUUCUUUCUUUGUAGGGGGAAGGGUCAGGGUGGCGAGAAGGGGUAACCCAGCCCAAGACUCUACAGCCUCUCUGCUCGCCCGGGGGCUGCUCUGUGUGAACAGCUGUACGAAACACGGUGAUUUGUCUUGACAAAGCUCACUUUUCCUUUCUCGUAUGUCCAGUAUCUGUCCGUGUCCAACCAGGAGGUAAAACUACUUAUUGCCCAGAGGCUGUGAGCUCUGAGUUCCUCUGAUGCCCCCUGAGGAAUAAACGAAUAACUCAAACCUGACUGCUGGGGAAAUUGA